AUGCCCCCAAUCUCCUACCUCUUCGCCUGCGAGUGGUGUCUGCGCCAUUUUCGGCAGCGCGCAGCGCUCGUGGCGCAUAAGCUUCACAACCGCCAAUGCCGUCGACAGAGGGCGCGUGUGCUGCGUUUCGGGCGUCGCUGGAUGUCGCGUCAGGCUGAUGACUCCGAUGAUGCUGGUGAUGCUGCUGGACGUGACAGUCCGUCUCACGGCUCGAACGUCCAUGACCCUUCUCUUCCCAUGGAGGCCGACACAACGCAAGGAUCUGAGGCGCUCGGCGCGCCUGAGAGUGCAUCUGACGAGGAGGGAGACGAGCACAGCGAUGAGGACAGCGAUGAUUCGGUUGACGAGUCAGGAAGCGAUGAAGACAGCAGCGAUGACGAGGAUUCUGGCUUUGACACCCUCUUGGAGAUCUAUCGGUUCAUCGUUGGCUGCAACGGUGGUCGUGGCCUUUCGGACAAAGGCGUCGCGUGGCUGUGCAAGAUGUUGCGCGACCCCCGCUUCGAUCCCAGCGAGGUGCCGCGCUGGCGGUCUCGAAAUGCUGCGAACAAGUACGGGCUUGCACUGCUGACUGCGCAACGAGAGUACGUGAAGAAGGAGCUCCGGAUUGAGGGCUACGAUCACACGUUUGAAGUCCUCUGCACCGAACCCGUGGCUGCGGUGCUGGAGCUGUUUGGGCACCCCGAUAAUGCGGAGGGGUUCCAGCUAUUUGCGCAGACUGUGAACUCCGGUGCUGGUCGGAUCUACAACACCCCUGCGAAUGCGACAUUCUGGGAAGAGGCUCAGGACUGGCUGAACAUACUGUUUGGGGAGGGACAGGUGGUUGCUCCAGUCAUCAUCUCGAGUGAUGCCACUGUGCUCAGUGGGAAUGACAGGAUCAAAGUGUGGGCUGUCUACAUAAGCCUUGCGAACAUCGCUCUACGCCGUCGCUGGCUUGACACUGGCCGGGUGCUGCUCGCACUCCUGCCGAUGCCACCCUCAGACAUGACGGGGGAGCAGAAGAUGCAGUUGUUCCAGGAGUCCAUGAAGCUCGUGCUUGCCGACCUCAUUCUGGCCUCACACACGGGUCUCGCCGCUAAGGACCCCUGGGGUGACGACCGAUUCAUCUGGCCGCUGCUGUUCUCAGUCGUCGCCGACUAUCCGGAGACCUGCAAGGUCUCCUGCACCAUGCAGCAGGGCAGCAGGAGGCCGUGCUCUAUGUGUUACGUGGAGCGGGCCCAUCUCCGCGACAUGGAUGCAGCGAUGUCCGACAGUCGGACGGUGGUGCAGCAGAAGGACCUUAUGGAUGAUCGUAGCAAGGCACAUGACUACUCGACCUUCCGUGUCGCAUCCUUUCUCUGGGACUGGAACUUUUCGAUGACGCCAUGGGGCAACACCUACCUCUCCAUGAUGCCGGACAUCCUUCACGCGCUGUACCUCGGGUUCUGGAUCUACGUACGCAGCGCUCUGCGUGGCAAGGAUAACCAGGCCGACAAGAAGGAUUGGAGGAUGGUACAACUCCACUCCGGCGCCCGUCUCGCUGGAGUGAACCAGACUCCUUCCGAGAUCUACUGGGCGUCCGGCGCGAACUUCACCGCGAUGGAACACGCAGGCGUCAUGAUGGUCACUCCGUUUGUGGUGGAGGGCACCGGCACAGUGGCGAGCCGCAAGACGCUCGUGGCCAUUCUUGAGUGGCACGAAACCUAUGUCCGGGCGCCAUACCACACCAACCAAACUCUGAGCGAGUUUGACACCGCGACACGCAGCAUGGUGCGGAACGUGGAGAGCCACUUUCCACGCCUCGGAGACGGCUGGAACCUCAUAAAGGUGCAUCUCCUGAUGCAUCUUCCCGAGGCCAUCAAGAGGGGUGGCCUUCCGCGCGAGUUCUCGGCGGCGGUGUACGAGAACGCCCACAUCAAGACGUGCAAGGUCCCCUUCAGAGCGUCCAACCGCAGGCAGCACGCGAUGGCUAUCGCGCGUCACAACGCGUCUGCAGCGCAGCUCACCCGUCUGCCAAGCAGCAUCGAGCCCGCCAGGCGAUACGAUACCGCAAUGCAGCGGGCGAUUGCAUCUGGCCGACCUCAGCUCAACAGGAACAAGGCACGCAUGCUGGGGAGGACCAACUCCCCGGCUGGUCCGCAGGACCUGUACUCUGCGUACGAUGCAGCCCUUGAAGAGGGCAUUGGGCCAUACGCCUACGUGAUGCGCCAGCAUGGCUUGGUGCCAUUCCCGGCAUGGGUUCACACGGCGCUGGCUCUCCCUCCCCGUGAACUCGACCACUCCAUCGUCAAGCCGCACUAUGUGCAUGCAGUGCCGGUGCUGCAUGGCGAGGCGGCGUUCUCCUUCGUCGAGUUCGUGGACGAGCAGGGGGAAACCCUGCAUGGACGCGUCCACCUCCUUCUGUCCGUGGCGUCCGCUUGUGCCGCUGAGGACGAAGAGGACCGUGCGGUGGCGUUUGUCCGGCGCCGGAUCCCACAGAAUGUCGAUGAGUGCACGGGGUGCAUGAUCAUGCACCCUGCCGUCUUCGACAAUGGGUACCACGUGGUGCCCAUUGAUGCAAUUCAGAAGACCGUGCAGUCGUUUGAGCACCCCACCCGCUGGUUUCUGAACAAGUGGGCGCAGGGUUGCCGCGAGGAGCCCCGUUGUUGUCUUGUCCCGCCCACCGUUUGCAAGGAUGGCAUGAAUGCAGGCACCUGUGCACUUUGA